ACCGUCAUAAGUGACGUCACUCUUUCACAAAUCAAAUAGGAUAAAUACGGAUGAGUUGAAAUCUUUCAUACAGUUUUGAAGUAGUUUCAAAAGCAGAAAUUAUGAAGCAAAUUAGCGUAUUGGUUGCUUUCUUAUUAGUGCUUGGAUGUGCAUCUGCCAUUCGACCUGGAGAUAUACAGUGCUCUCCUCCCAAUUGUCCUCCAGGGUGUUCCAUUCAGAGAGUUUACAGCGGACCUUGUCCCGGAUGCGAAUGCGGAAAUACGAGAUCUAACCUUCCUACAGGAGUGCAAUGCUCCCCACCCAACUGUCCCCCAGGAUGUACGAUCGAAACAGUAUACAGUGGACCUUGUCCUGGCUGUAAAUGUGGUGGUGGCAGUGGCAAUGGUCGCAACCCUUACCAGGGCGUGAUGUGCUCUCCACCAAGAUGUCCUCCCGGCUGCACCAUCCAACAAGUAUACGAUGGUCCUUGCCCAGGUUGUGAUUGUAAGAAAAGACAGGGAUAAUAAAUUCUAAAGACAAAAUCUACCUUAAGGGAAAUAACUGCAUUUCAAUGCACUAAAUAUCUUUGCUACAUUUUCUUUUUGUUACAACUUGCUUUUAUUAAACAUCUUUUCUAUUA